CAGCGCCAUGUGUGCCGACAGAGAGUAGGCCUGCUGCUGGCCGUCAGCGGGGCAGGCAGGCAGCAGAGGAGGGAGGAAAAGUGUGUUUACACAGACGGCAAACUGCCUGGGGAAUCGUAGGGGAGAGGAAGUGAGCCGGCUCUGUGUCUGCCUGCUCCAACUUCCUGCUCAGAAAAAGAAAAAGCCCAGGAUCCUAUUUCAGUCCAGCACAACCGUGUUAGAGCCGGAGUAAGCAUGGAAAAACAAGGAAUCACACAAGCUGCACCGUAGACGUUCGGCGGAGGGGAAAACAGCGAGAUCGCAGGUAUGGACAGUGCCAUCACUCUGUGGCAGUUCCUACUGCAGUUGCUACUUGACCAGAGCCACAAGCACCUCAUAUGCUGGACGUCCACAGACGGCGAGUUCAAGCUCCUGAAGUCAGAAGAAGUGGCCAAGCUGUGGGGGCUGCGCAAGAACAAGACCAACAUGAACUACGACAAGCUGAGCAGAGCGCUGCGCUACUAUUACGACAAGAAGAUCAUCAAGAAGGUGAUUGGCCAGAAGUUUGUCUAUAAGUUUGUGUCCUUCCCUGAGAUCCUCAAGAUGGAUCCACAGGCUGUGGAGAUGGGUCUGGCUUCAGGAAGGUUUUCCCUCCAGGACGGAGAGGCCCAUGAGCUGGAAGUAGAGGAGGAGGAGGAGGAGGAAGGUGAGAAGGAGGCCCAGAGGAGGACCCUGGCAGCCUUGGGGGCGCAGCAGUGUCGAAACGACUACCUCCGCUCAGGUCUCUACUCGUCCUUCAGUAUCAGCUCCCUGCAGAACCAACCUGAGCUUCUUCGUGCUCUGCGGGAGCGUCAGGAUGAGCCGCGCUCAGUCAUCCGCUUUGGCACCAACAGCAGUGAGAGGAGCUCCCCUCCCUCUGCCAAGCCAGAGUCCUACGUCUCCCCCAGGCCAUCCAAACACCCCCCUCACUCCCACUCCCCGUCCUCCCCGCACACCCAGCCUGGCCGGAGCUGGAGCCCUGCUGCCGAGGAGGAGGAGGACUCUGACCAGGGCGCUCAGCCCCUCAAUCUGUCCUCUGGGCACAGGGAGCGAGCCCAGCAGCCUCCUGAAAAGAGGAGCAGCAGCAGCAGUGGUAGAAGUAGUUGUACUAACAGUAGUGGUAACCAAGGAGAUGGACUCCCACCAAAAAGCAAAAAGCCCAAAGCUCUGGAGAUCUCCGCCCCGUCCCUGCUACUGGCCGGGAGCGACAUCGGCUCCAUCGCCCUCAACAGCCCAGCGCUGCCGUCUGGCUCCCUCACUUCUGCCUUCUUCACUGCACAGACUCCCUCGGGUUUGCUGCUGGCUCACAGUCCACUGCUGUCAGGCAUCCACUUCUGGAGCAGCCUGAGCCCAGUCGCUCCGCUCAGCCCCGCCCGGCUGCAGGGCCACAGCUCCCUGUUCCAGUUCCCCAGCCUAAUCAACGGACACAUGCCUGUCCCCCUGCCAAGCCUGGAAGGAACACCCUCCUCCCUGCUCCUGUCUCCCACCACCCACAAAUCCUGAUCCAGGGUCUGCCAAAGGCGUCCCAUCAUCAUGCAUCUCUCGCUGAUAGUUUCUCAGAGCCCUUGUCAUCAUCAGCAGCGAUCUCUUGUUCGUAUUGUUGUCAAAUUAUGAUUCAGAAAGAAGAAGUCCUACGCGACAGUAUGUGACCUCACUUUUUUGCACUUGAGUUGCUUCAGAUUCUAGUGGUUGAAAGCACUUGGUAAAAGCCAUACGCCGCGAUGUCUGUGAGACGUCUGGCUGUUUGUGAUAAAGUACAGCACAUUUCCACAUGACCCUGUCCACGACGGACAGAAGCGACAUGUAGCUAGCUGUAAAAGGCUAGCCAGCCACUCAUUCUGGUUGUUUUCAUCUUGUAAAAAAAAAACUAAAAAUGUAUUUUUUUUUCCUUAAAUGUUAAUCACAAUGUGAAACGGGUUGUUUCACCUGCGUGGUAUUGUAUGUAAUGUAUGCACUAUGCUUCUCAGAUAGUACCGGCUGUGCCUUGUCGUCUUAUUUUUUGCUUUAUUUCUAAAUCUUUUAAUGAAGACGAGAUUUCAAAUCAAUGAAAACCUUUGUAACACUUGUUCUUUUUUUUAUACUGGACUUGGUAUACAGUAUGUAUUCUGUAUAUUUUUUGUAUUGUGAAGAAUGUCUUGUUUUCAAUAAACAAAGCAUUGAAUGCUUGAA